CGCGCUCUAUGAUAUCAAUAUUCGCUAUCAUCAGCUAUCAAGUCAGUCUCUCGAAGUCUCUUAGAAAAUGUGUUUCCAAGUGCGGAUAGUGAUUCACUGCCGGAUGACAGCUACUUGAUCUCAACUAGUGAUGCUACUUAAAGUAACUAUGGUUUUUCUACUGAGCCUUCCUUCCGCUUCUCUUUCUGAAAAUCAUACUUUUAACAAUACCGGGUUAAAGUACCCAAUAUGGCCAAUCGACAAUUGUACAUCGAUGUUCGCAACUUCUUCAGAAACAUGCAAGAAGGUAACACAGGAAAAGACCAGCUGCCACAUUUGCAAUGAUACAGGAUGUACUAUACACGUAGCAGUGCUGUUUCCAGAAGAUUCAGAAUACAUUUUAAAUCUGAAUAGGGCAGAAACAACUCUUCGUGAGGCAGUUGACGAUGUUAAACAUCUUGUCCCGAAUAUUGACUUUGAAUUUAGAGCUAUGAACGAUGGUUGCUUAUCCGAAAUCGCUCUCGGUCAAAUUAUCGAUGCGAAUGAAUGGUGCCCGCAUGUGAUAUUUGGUCAUACAUGCGAUUAUACUUUAGCAAGUGUUGGAAGGAUUGCCAAGAUUCUGGGCAAAUCUGGGGCGCCCCUGCUAUCACCUAGUGGAUUUACGUACGAUUUUACAUCAAUAAAAAAGGUAUCCAUGGAAGAUGAAUUUUAUCACCUCUUUAAUAUUGGCUCUGCUGGAUAUGCUUCGUUCGCCGAGUUCUUGCAUCUGAUAGCCGACAGUUAUGGAUGGAAGAGGUUCGCGCUCAUGUACCUCAGAAAUGAACUUAGCGAAAUUGCUGGCGAUCAGGCAUGUCACCUUUUGCAAUCUACUUUAAUAUUGGAAUUCUCAGCUAGUGAAAUUGACUAUCAAUCCGGUGACGUAGAAUUACUUAACAUCACAUACGACGCUCUAUUAAAAGAAAAAGUUGGAGUCAAUUACGGAAUUGUUUUAACUUGUGCCAGUCACAUGAAUAUUCGGAAUUUAGCAAUUCAAGCUGCUAAACUUGGGAUGAUGGACCAAGGAGAAUAUUUGUUUCUAAACUUUGCCCUUUACAACAAUGCACAUGAACCAGAUAAACCCUGGUACGAUCCAAACGACACGGAGGAAAAUAAUACGUUGGCCAAAAAAGGUUUCAGUUCAAUUCUAACAUUUUAUCCAUACAGAGAAACUGAUUUCGACAAAGUUAAAACCCAGUCAUUUAGAGGCUCCUUUUAUCUGGAUGAUAUUUACAACAGUAUGCUGAUGUAUGUUCAAGCGAUCGAAAACUUAACUUCAAAUGCAUCGGUAGACUCACUUAGGGGAUGUGAUAUUACUCGAUAUAUGAUGGGAAAAUCCUACCAAGGUUUAUAUGAUGAGGAGAUAUUGAUUAACUGCAAUGCCCAAAAGGUAGUCAAUUAUGCUUUGGUGGCACAAGACGAAAAUGGAAUAUCUAAAGUUAUAGGAGUAUAUUCUGCAGGAAACAAAACUGUAAUUAAAUGGGAUCCUGGCAACAUUACAUUUCCACCUGAUGUACCUGAAUGCGGAUAUGAUCUAUCAAAGUGUCCCACUUAUGAUAAAGUGAAUAUCCUAUUUAUAAGUCUGAUUAGCGUAAUAUGUGUCGGUUUACUAAUAGUUGCAACUGUGAUCUAUAGGCAUUAUAAAUUAAAAGCAGAGAUUUACUCGAGAGCAUGGAAAGUCAAUUACGACGAAAUAGCCUUUCUGUCAAAGGAAAGAAGAAGCAGCAUCCAUUCAAUUAUGCCCCUUAAGGAAAUGGAUGAAAUGAGCUUGGCGGGCGACAGCCAACUUUUCGCACAAAUCGGCUAUUAUAAAUCAAUAAGAGUCGCUAUUAAAAAAUUACCUGAUAUCAAAGUGAAUUUGAACCACAAACAAUUAUAUGAACUUAAAGUGAUGAAGGAUUUAUCCAAUGACAAUCUAGUGAAGUUCUACGGAGCAUGUAUAGACAGUCCGAAUAACUGUUUGCUCAUAGAGUAUUGUCCAAGAGGAAGUCUUCAAGACAUUUUAGAAAAUCCCCAGUACAAUUUAGAUUGGGCGUUUCGAAUGUCACUGAUUAUGGACGUUGCUAGAGGAAUGAACUAUCUUCAUGACAGCGAUGUUAAGUCUCAUGGUGCUCUAAAAUCAUCCAAUUGUUUGGUAGACAGUAGAUUUGUCCUGAAAAUAUGCGACUUUGGUCUGCAGUUUUUACGGGGCAAUGACAAAACUGAAGAUUCUGAUGAAAACACUUAUCAAUACUGGAGGCGAUUUCUUUGGACUGCCCCGGAACUCUUGCGAGAUAAAAAUCCUCCACCUGCGGGAACUCAGAAAGGAGAUGUUUAUUCAUUUGCCAUAAUCAUGGAAGAAAUAAUCAUGAGGGAAGGUGCCUUUUACUUGAAGGACUCGAUACUAGAACCUAAAGAGAUUAUCGAUAUAGUUCGUAAAGGAGCAGAUGCAAACGACGGAGUCCCUUUACGGCCUACAAUAUCUAGCGAAAAUGUCAAUGAGCAAGUUGAUGAAAUAACAUCUUUGAUCGAAAAGUGCUGGUCCGAAGAUCCUCAUGAGCGACCAGACUUUAGCACCCUUAAGGCCAAAUUGCGACAACUUAGCCGCAAAGAAAAUGAUAUGAACUUGCUGGAUAAUUUGCUAACUCGAAUGGAACAAUACGCGAACAACUUGGAAGCACUAGUCCAGGACCGUACGAAAGAUUAUCUCGAAGAAAAACGUAAAUGUGAAGAAGUGCUUUACCAGCUCCUACCAAAGAGUGUUGCCCAGCAACUUAUUAUGGGUGAAUCAGUCACAGCAGAGGCGUUUGAUUCUGUUACCAUCUACUUCAGUGACAUUGUCGGUUUUACUGCUCUAUCUGCCGAAAGUACUCCGUUGCAAGUUGUCGACUUGCUCAAUGAUCUUUAUGGGUUAUUUGAUUCGAGAGUUGAGCAUUACGAAGUUUACAAGGUGGAAACAAUUGGAGACGCUUACAUGGUUGUGUCAGGCCUUCCAGAAAGAAACGGUUUGAAACAUGCGUUCGAAAUUAGUCGCUUAGCUUUGGACCUUUUGGGUGCCAUCAAGCAAUUCAAGAUUCGUCACCGACCAGAGAGUCCACUACUUUUACGCAUUGGUCUACACAGUGGACCAGUGGUAGCUGGAGUUGUGGGACAUAAAAUGCCUCGUUAUUGCCUUUUUGGGGACACCGUCAAUACCGCUUCCAGAAUGGAACAGAAUGGACUGCCUUUGAAGAUUCAUAUUAGUGAAGCGACCAAAAAAAUAUUGGAUAAGGUUGGUCGAUUUGAUGUUGAACUACGCGGGGAAAUUGAGAUGAAGGGAAAGGGCAAAGUAGUGACGUAUUGGCUUAAAGGAGAAAACCCCAACAAUUUAUACUUAGGUGACGAUUGCUUAUCCCCGGUUGGGGUGGUGCCCCAAAGACCCAGUACACCGCGCCCUCGGAGUUCCUAUCAAGAUCCCCAAAAUCCCCACACAAAAGUGGUUGAUUUAAGACGAGUUAUUGAUGAAGUGGGUUUCGUUAAUGAAACCUCAAGACCGGCGAUAAUGAAUCAUAAAGAUAACGAAAGAGAUCAGCAGGUGCCCGAAAAUCCAAAUAUUUCUGCCAAAAAUCGCCGUGAUGAAACUGAGGUUCCGCUGCUUUCAAUCACGGAACCUCCUUUCGGGGCCAACGCGUAGACUUUUUCUCCAAAACAUGGAGAACUUUUAAAUGUCUUGUUGUAU